AGCCAAGUGAGGUAACUUUUUCUUUUUCCUUUCUCCUCCCUGCGGUGGGUUUCGUAAGCUCCGUUUCGCACGCCAGAUUUAAAUCGGACAUUGCGAGUGGGUGUUUGAUUCGGCUUCUGUCUCCCUCUCUCUUUAUCUGAUCUGAUUAUCUAUCUCAGUUCAUGCUUUGUGAGUGUAAUAAUGCAUUCAGUCAAAUGGGGCGACGAAUUCCUCCCUGUUAAAAUAUGAGACCAACUAUUUGGCGAAUGGCGAUGGACUGGUUCGUGACUAUUAGGAGGUAUUCUGAAACUACUUAUGUCAGUGCCAUUGUACACAGGCACGGUGAUAUCCAAGUCCGCAUUGUAAAAUGAGGUCCUUGGUUUAGUUCUCACUGUUCAAGAUGGGAGGAGGAUUUAGAGUGCUGCACCUGGUCAGGCCAUUUCUCUCAUUUCUGCCAGAGGUUCAGAGUGCUGACAGGAAGAUUCCCUUCAGAGAGAAAGUCAUAUACACAGUCAUUUCUCUUUUCAUCUUUCUAGUUUGCAGUCAGCUUCCUCUGUAUGGAAUACACUCAACAACGGGUGCCGAUCCAUUUUAUUGGAUGCGUGUUAUUCUUGCAUCAAACCGUGGGACUGUGAUGGAGCUUGGAAUCACCCCUAUUGUGACAUCUGGGCUAGUCAUUCAACUCUUGGCUGGUUCAAAAAUCAUUGAAGUGGACAACAGUGUCCGUGAGGAUCGUGCCCUCUUAAAUGGGGCACAAAAGUUGUUAGGAAUCCUGAUUGCGGUUGGUGAAGCCGUUGCGUAUGUCCUAUCUGGGAUGUAUGGUAGUGUUGGUCAACUCGGUGUUGGGAAUGCCAUUCUUAUCAUUAUUCAGCUUUGUUUUGCUGGAAUUAUUGUUAUCUGCCUAGAUGAACUUCUCCAGAAGGGAUAUGGUUUGGGCUCUGGGAUCUCCCUUUUCAUAGCUACCAACAUCUGUGAAAACAUUAUUUGGAAAGCUUUUAGCCCCACAACUAUCAAUAGUGGCCGGGGAGCUGAAUUUGAAGGUGCUGUUAUUGCUUUGUUUCAUCUACUGAUAACUAGGAGCGACAAAGUUCGUGCUCUUCGAGAGGCUUUUUAUCGGCAGAACCUCCCCAACGUUACUAAUUUGCUUGCUACGGUUUUGAUCUUCCUAAUUGUCAUCUACUUCCAAGGUUUCCGAGUAGUUCUGCCUGUUAGAUCAAAGAAUGCUCGAGGGCAACAGGGAUCAUAUCCGAUUAAACUUUUCUACACCUCCAACAUGCCUAUAAUUCUCCAAUCAGCCCUUGUUUCCAAUCUUUAUUUCAUCUCCCAGCUGCUAUACAGGAGGUACAGUGGAAAUUUCUUUGUAAAUCUGUUGGGUAAGUGGAAGGAAUCUGAAUAUUCAGGUGGCCAGUUUAUUCCAGUCGGCGGUCUUGCUUACUUUGUCACUCCACCAGCAAGCUUGGCAGAUAUGGCAGCCCAUCCAUUCCAUGCUCUAUUCUAUCUGGUGUUUAUGCUUUCAGCUUGUGCCCUCUUCUCUAAAACUUGGAUUGAAGUGUCUGGGUCUUCGGCCCGAGAUGUUGCUAAGCAGCUUAAGGAACAACAAAUGGUGAUGCCAGGACAUCGUGAUUCAAACUUACAGAAGGAAUUGAAUCGCUACAUACCUACCGCAGCCGCAUUUGGUGGGAUGUGCAUUGGUGCACUCACGGUGCUGGCGGAUUUCAUGGGAGCAAUUGGCUCAGGAACUGGGAUAUUGCUUGCUGUUACAAUAAUCUAUCAGUACUUCGAGACAUUUGAGAAGGAAAGAGCGAGUGAGCUGGGGUUCUUUGGCUUUUAAACCGUAGUUGUCUGUUUUAGGGAAUGCUAGCUCUUUUAGGUGGUGCUGAUGAACUUCCCGUCAGUUUUGAUGAAGUGAAAGGUGAGUAGGCCCUUCCUCGACAAACCGUGGAUGGAGGUCAAUAUGUAGUUUGGUUAUAUGGUUAUUGACUUGCUACGUCUCUUUUCAUGGAGUUACGUAGCAGAUCGAGGAAGUUAAGCAUAACUGUCUGCAAAAGAGAACUUUUUUUGUUUUUUAGUUAUCUCGUAGCAUAAUCGAUGUUGUUUAGUUGCAUGCUGCCAGAGAAACUCUGAAUCCGGAGGUUCCCCAUAAUUUGGGUGUUAUAAAUUAAGACACAGGAGAUACCCAUUGAAAUAAAGUUUCCUUCAAUCAUUUAAUA